AUGAUCUUAUUAUUAAUUACAACGAUCUUUGGAUUCAGGCUGUUAACCUUAGAUCAGGUCUAUGAAAAACAGAAGGACAUGUUUAUAAUGAAUUCUGAGUCUAAUUUGAAAAUUCAAAAGGUUGAUACACUGAAUAUUACAAAUUUCUACGUGGUACUCCACUCAAGAAAGAUAUUUUUCUACACAAAAGGCAGCUACUAUGGAUUUAUAUAUGAUAAUGACAAUGUAAAGCUAAAGCUAGGCCCUGCAAGUAUAAAUACAGUGCAGUAUUUCACACAGAACACUGGAUUAGCAGACCCAGAGGAAAAUGCCUCACUUCGGAAAAUAAAGGUUUUGAAGUGGGACGAUCUUAUAAAGAAAAGGGACACUGAAAUAAAGGAAGAUACAAUAGGCACUGAUAACAGUGACUAA